UUCGGUUUCCAUUUAAAUGUAUGAUUGCAUUUAAAAAAUUAUUACAUGUAUGUGAAAAAAUUUUAUGGUGUAAGGAAUCAUAAGAGUGUUGUUGUAUAGUUAUUUUUUUAGAGAAAAUAUAUCGUAUGAUUGGCUAUGGAUUCAGAAAGUGAUAUUUGUUAUGAUUCUGAUUCGAAAACUGAUGCUAAUGGAGAAGAGGGAUGCUUUUGUUGGGAUUCGGAAUUUUUUUCAAAUCCUAGCAAAUUAGAGAAUGAUGAUGAUUACCCAUAUAGUGUUCUUUCUACAGCAGAGGUUGUAGACAUGAUGCUAGAAUUAAUCAAAGAAGUAAACAAUGUUGUUCAGAUUCCCCCUACUAUAACCAGAAUUCUUCUGAGUCAUUUUAAUUGGGACGCAGAAAAACUUUAUGAUAGAUACUAUGAUGGAGAUCCUGACAGUCUCUUUAAAGCAGCACAUGUUGUCAAUCCCUUAAUAGCAGAUUCAAGGAGUAAAUUGAAAUCAACAAACAAAAGCAAUGAAUUCUGUGAAAUUUGUUAUAGAAAAAUACCAUUUAGUCUGAUGACAAGUUUAGCUUGUGGCCAUAGGUAUUGUACUGAAUGUUGGAGAAUAUAUAUAACUACAAAAAUAAUAGAACAAGGUGAAGUUCAGUCUAUUCCCUGUUUUGCUGUUGGGUGUGAUAUAUUAGUAGAUGACCAAACUAUUAUGAAUCUUUUAGAUGAUCCUAAAGUGAAAUUAAAAUAUCAACAUCUUAUCACCAAUAAUUUUAUUGUUUGCAAUCGCCAUUUGCAUCACUGCCCACAACCAGGUUGCAGUUAUGUUAUUAAAGUGCAACAUGUUGAUGCUCGUCCGGUUAUUUGUGCAUGUGGACAUUGUUUUUGUUUUAAAUGUUCAGAAAAUUGGCAUGCUCCUAUUACAUGUAAUUUACUAAAGAAAUGGGAAAAGAAGUGCCAUGAUGAUAGUGCAACUUUGAAUUGGAUUGCUGCCAAUACAAAGAGUUGCCCAUGUUGUAAUGCCAGGAUAGAAAAAGAUGGAGGUUGUAAUCAUAUGUUAUGUAAAAAUCAAAAUUGCAAGUUUGAAUUUUGUUGGCUUUGCUUGCGUGCUUGGAAUUGUCAUGAAUUCCAAUGGGAUACUUGUAACCGUUACAAUGAAGAAAUAUCUAAAAGUAAAGAGCAAUCAAAAACUGCUCUUAAUAAAUAUCUUUUUUACUAUGAUCGUUACAUGAACCAUGUUAAGAGCUUGAAAUUUGAAAAUAAGCUGUAUGCUACCGUGCUAAAAAAUAUGGAAGAUAUGCAGCAUAUUAAUAUUUCCUGGAAUGAAACACAGUUCCUAAAAAAGGCUGUUCGCAUCUUAUGUGAAUGUCGUCAGACUUUGAUGUAUACUUAUGUAUUUGCUUAUUACUUAACAAAAACUAAUGAUUCAGCCAUAUUUGAGGCCAACCAGCAUGAUCUUCAGAAUGCAGUUGAGAAGCUGUCGGAAUACUUAGAACGUGACAUUAAUGUUGCUAAUGUUUUUUCCUUGAAACAAAAAGUCCAGGAUAAGUCUAUAGAUAAGAACUUGCAAAUAUGUAUUUUUCAUCAAAAGAAAGCAAUUUACAACAAAUACAUGGGAUGUAGAUCAUUUGAAUUAUUGUACAAAAGGAAAAUUACUGUUCUAUUGCAAAAAAUAUUGUGAUAACAGACGAAGAGUCCUUUUGAGUCAUGUCUAUGAAGGAUAUGAAAAAAAAUUUUGGAAAUAUGUUGAAAGCUGAAAGAACCAAAGAUAACUGUUCGCCUGCUAAAAAUGUUUUAGUUCAAGUGGCAUUUAAAAUCAUUUGAAAUGUGAAUUAUAAAGCUAAUAUUUUGCUUAUUAUCAAAUAUUAUGCUUUAUGUGGAAUUUUCUUCAUUUAAAAAGUGUUUUGUCAUAUUCUAUCAUUUAUUAGGAAUAUUUUUCAUCAGUAUUUAUUCCAAGUUAUGUUUUUAAGCAUAAUAUGCAGGUCAUUUAAUUUUUGUAGAAAACAUUGUAAAAAAAACAUGUAUAUACAUAUUUGGGUUUUUAUAAUUUGAUCUUUCUAAAAAUUUGAUUUAUAUUUGUGCAAAAUCAGUUUAUAAUGAACAUUUUCCAAGUAUUGUGAUGUAUUAAGUAAUUUAUGAGAAUUAUAUUAUUAUAUGAAAUAGUUAACAAAGUAAUUUAAAUUACUUCAAAAAGCAUAAAAUAAAUAAAGUACAAAUAAAACUAAGUUCUUUUUUAUCUCAGUCAGUCAAUAUCAAUUAACAAUUUUUAUUUCACAAUUAUAAUUUCAAAACUUAUAGUUCAUUUUCUACCUAAACAUUGAUGUGUUUCUGGCUAAAUUAAUAGGUAAGUUUUUAUGUUUUCCUGCAGUAUUUGCAAUUUUAUUUUAGGAUCUAAUUUUUUAAAAAUUAAAUUUCUAUGUAUUUAUUAAACUUUUUAUAAAUUUAAUUUCAAUUUCACACGUAUAAUAUAUAUAUUUAAAAAAAAAAGAUUGAAAAUUUAAAAAAAAAAAAAAAAUUACAAAUCAGGUUUCAAAAAGUAAGAUAAAUUUCAGAAUAGCUGCAUAAAACGAUUUUUGCUGGAAACUUAGAGCAUUCAGCUAUCUAUUAAAUAAGCAUUGAAAGUUUUUAAAGAAAGUUUAUCUAUAAGAUACCAAAUUUUGCAUUAAUUUUGGGGGAAAUAUAGUAUGGAUAAUGCAAGAAUGAAAAACUAUCUAAGUAGAUUUAUUCUUGUUAUAUUUUUGAUAUGUAUAUUCAUAUAUAUAUAACAAUUAGAUUUUUUGGGUUUUCUUAAUGCACAUUAAGGAAAGGGGUGGAUUUUGAACAGAGAUUGAAGACAUCUGUAUUUAUGGAGGUAUACAUAGUAAAAUAAAUAUACAUUAAAAUAAAUGUAUAUGAUUCCGAGAAAUCUACAUUAUUAUAUGAACAACAUAUAAAAGUGUGAAUUUAAAAAUGGAUUGAUUUUAAUCCAUUCUAGUUAAAAACUUAUAGGAUAAAAGAUUAAUGUACAGUGUUGCGCAAUAUCUUUGUAAUACUUUGAAACAUUUAACAUUUUAAAUAUACGCAGUUAUGUACUUUCCAUACUCUCAAAAACUGCUUCGUAAUUGUUUAUCAGAAUAAACCAAAACAGUUUUAAACAAAAAAUAUUUUUAAAUGUUAAGAUAUGUUUUAUUUCUAGUAUCGUGUACAUUCAUGUACGCAAUAGUAUUAAUACAGUGUUUUAUACAUUUUAACCUUACGGUUUAGAAUUUUUUAUUUUUAAACAGAAAUUAUGUAAAU